UCUUUGAUGUCGUUGUCUGAUGAUUACAAAGUUUUUCCUACUUAGUACCUAGUUUUGAUACAUUUGAUGUCAACGAUCUUGAGUUUCACAUCAUGUCGAGCUUUUAGGAAAGUAACUCUUUGAAUAUCUUGAUAGUGACUCCGAAUAAUCUUACAAUUUGAAUAGCGCAGAUAGACUAUUUGUUAGUAACUCGAAACGGCCACAAAAAUGUCAGAUAGAACGUUGUAAUUCUGAGGUAGCGAGGUGCUAUUGUUUUGGCUAACCUUUUAGAUAAUUGUUUGCCAACCUGGGCAUCCACCAGUGGGUGAUUGAUUAAUUCUGGUGUGCGGUGGGGAUCACCCACACUUAUUAUUCAAUGUCCUGUUUUGAAAUGCAUGAACGUAGGUGGUACGAAGAAGUAUGGCUUCUUCUCGUUUAUUUUCUUCUCCUUCUUCUAUUUGUUAUUCUAUUUUCCCUCUUAAAGGUAGCAGUAGCAAGGGAGGGUGUCGGCUAUAAAAGGGUGACAGGUGCUGUUUUAGAUCUGUAUAAAGGCCAGUGCAUACGUGGGGCAAAAACUUAACGGUUAAAGUAUUUCUUAUAUGUAUAGUAUCUUUACACUUCACAGCUGUCGGCCCAUACACGGGGCAAAUGUUAAAACUAAAAAAAAAACCCAAAUCAACAGUCUACAGGCAGGCAAUUUGAUUUGUUAUUGAAAUUGUGAUCCGAUGGAACAACUUUUCAUACAAUGACAUUUUCGGUUUGAAAUGUGACGUAGUCGGUGGGCACCCUGUUUAAGAUUGGACAACCAAAACAGGCGAUUAUUACAAAACAUAUAUAUACAAAAUAGCAACAAACAAAAGCGGCUACCGUGAGCCACCAAGGCCGUGUGCGCUCACCCCCAGCAGCGCCAGCCAUGCGUGACAGUUUCCUGCAGCAGCUCAAAUUGUUCCUUACGGAGGGGGACCACGUCAUGUCUGCGCAGGCGGAAGUGGUUGCCACUGCGCAUCCGGAAGUAGUGCCUGGCACAGCUGAAGAGGAAGACGAGGCGGAAGUGGAAACAGAGUUUCGGAAUGGGAAACGAGAUAAAAAGAAAUUAAAAUUUCCCAUUGUAGCCAACGGGAGAGCAAAGAGGAGAAAAAAGAAAAGCCCCCACAAUGCCACGUCACAACACAGACGGGCGGGCGGUGAGUCAUCUCGCUACGUCACAGGAAACUCCCAGGGAGUAGUGGUCAACGGCGCGGGAAAAUCCCAGGUUUCAGGGGCGGCCACCAAAGGCAAACACACGUACUACAACGCGGAGAACAAGCUGGUCGCAGCAGUAGCGCCCACCACCACCUUCCCCCACCUGCACGGCGCGGACUCCAGACACCCGCACGGCAAACACGCCGGGGACGGAGACUCGGGGGGCGGCACACUGCCUCAGCUUAAACAUUCUGACCACCCCCCUCACUCGUCACAUGGGCACUCCCACUCCCAUGGCUCUCAUACGGGCGGGUCCAUGUCUGGCUCCAACUAUGGGGGUCACAGCUCUGAGCGGACCAAGAGAGACCAGUACGGGAACAGGAUUCCGAUGACGGCUGCCGGUACUACACGACCACCUUGUGUACCGAUACGAGAUCCUGGAGGUGCUGGGCAAAGGGUCUUUCGGUCAAGUGGUCAAGUGCUACGAUCACAAAACUGACGGGAUGGUAGCGGUCAAGAUAAUUCGAAACAAGAAGAGAUUCCACCACCAGGCUCUCGUAGAGGUGAAGAUCCUGGACGCCCUGCGCCGGAAGGACAAGGAGAACCAGCACAACAUGAUCCACAUGAUCGAGUACUUCUACUUCCGGAACCAUCUCUGUAUCACAUUCGAGCUCAUGGGCUGUACGAGCUGAUCAAGAAGAACAACUUCCAAGGUUUCAGUAUCGCGCUCAUCCGUCGCUUCGCCUUCUCCCUCCUCCAGUGUCUCAAGGUCCUUCAUAGGGAGAAGAUCAUACACUGUGAUCUCAAGCCGGAAAACAUCCUGUUACGACAAAGAGGUCAAAGUUCAAUUAAGGUCAUCGACUUUGGCUCAAGUUGCUACGAGCAUCAGAGAGUGUACACGUACAUCCAGAGUCGCUUCUACCGGUCCCCCGAGGUGAUCCUGGGACUUCCUUACUCCAUGCCCAUCGACAUGUGGAGCUUCGGAUGUAUCCUGGCAGAGCUCUAUACAGGCUACCCGCUCUUCCCAGGUGAGAACGAGGUGGAGCAGUUAGCGUGCAUCAUGGAAGUGAUGGGGAUUCCCCCAACCCCCGUCAUGGACCAGGCUACAAGGAAACGACUCUUCUUCGAGCAAACCAAGGAAGAAUGGAAGCUGAACCUGAAGGAACACCGGAGUGCCAAGCAGCAGAGAGUGCCACCUGUUGGGGCAUCCAACGACCACAAUGUGGACGAGUCUUCUGCCAGAGUGCCGAGCGCCAAGAGCAGCAUCACCAAGACCCAGCGUAAACCGGCCACGGAGGAGGUGAUCGAGGAGAAGGUGGAGAAGCUGAACCUGGGCGGGGGCGCUGGUGGCGGGAACACUGGGGAGACAAUCAAACUGAGCUUCCAGUCCCAUCUGCAACACCAGGACGCCGAUGACAAAUUCCUGCCGCCUAUUGCCAAAUAAGUGGAAGACAUCGCAGACGUGUAAUAAACAGGCAUAAUGAUUUACGUUGUAUAGCGCAAACUCCCGCUCAACAGCAAGCUUUAUGCGCGUUCAAAGUAGUAAUAAAUAGCAUAAUAAUAAUACAAUUUGCAUAACGCAAAUUCCCGCUCAACAGCAAGCUCUACGUGCGAUACAAUAUCUGCAUUAUCUGUAGUAGAUUCUUGGGUCGCUUUUACAGUUGGACUCUUGGAUGAAUUUUAUGGAAAAUGUUGCAGUCCACUCAAACAGUGUUAUCUAAGAAAUUAGCUGAGUUUAUUUUUAGUGAAAAUCGAGGCACGAUAUAUGGUAAAGGAGUAUUUAAGGCGCUGCAAAUAAAUUCUGAUCAACAACCAUUGCCACAUAGAUGGAAGAUACCUAUAGCAGGUACUCCGAUCGCUUUCACAGCGAGUGGGGUUAUUGGGGGCAUUUUUGGGAGAGUGUUGCAUUUUAUUCGACAAUUGAUUUUUUACAACUUGAUGCAGCCCAUGAUGAAAAUCAAAGUAUCAUUGAAAACGAGUUACCACAACACUAAAGAUACAUUCUUGCCAUCUGAUGCCGGAUAUGUUGAUGAAAACUCUUACACAUCCUAUCAAAACAUAUGUUUCUUUGUACAUGUUUUACAUCACAAUUUAGAUUCUAAUUUAGGAUACGCGUUCUGACCCGUCUGCCCGAGCCAACCCUGAAUGAGAGCGAUACCUCGUCCUAGCAGGAAGACCGAGACGCUCAAUGAGAUUAGAUUUCUCCCCACAACGGAACUGAGCUCGGGUCUUUUUGCGCGCAACUGCGAAGUGCAUACUCUUUAGUAGAUGCUUAGGCUCAUUUUAUGAUGGAAUUAUUGGAAGAACUUCCUGGAAAAGGCUGCAUUCCACGGGAAGAGUGUAUUUCCCAAUAUUGGUAAGUUUAUAAAUGAUGAUGAAAAUCGAAGUUUCUUGUAAACGGGUUUAGAAAUAGGAUUGCUAGUAAUCACAAGAUUAUAAGAUGAAUUAUUGUUCAAAACCCAGUCCUAUUAACGAAGACGAAGAUGGAAGGGCACGUUUGAACAUUCUCUAGUACUACUUGGAACAUAAUACUUUGGUUGCUUUUACACGAACUUGUCAACCUGCAUUGCUGUUGUUGAAUUCUUUUAAAAAAGAUGAUGAUAUAGACGCUAAUUAACAUUAACUUUUGUGAUCACAGAGAUUAGAUAAGAGACUGACGUGGCCUCAGCUAUGUUUACCUUUUAGAAAGAUUGACGUCAUUAAUUCUUCAAGGACGUUUUCGGUGGAUAAGCAGCAGACAUUUUUUAAAAAAUUGGGGACGUAUUUCGAACCAUGAUUAACGCACCACAUUCUUCAAUUUGCACAUAUUAUUGUUUCAUAGUAGGCUCUUUGCGUUUUGCUGCCUGCUUUUUCAGAUUUAGUUAAUUAAAAGAAACAAAAUUGGAAUUUCUGGAUUAACAAAACUCUCCCCCAAAAUGUGUCUUCAAGCAUUGUUGACUUACCAUAAUUGCAGUCCUUACUGAGUUAAUGUGUUAAUUUUAUGCACUCAUAAAGAAUAAAAGACGCAGACAUCGUUGUCUCCGCAUAAUUAGGAUUAACUAUUGCACAAGACAAGGACAGGCAUUCCUCUACACCGUUUAGGAUGCAAGAUUUGGCAUGGUAGUCAUAAUAACAUGAAUUAACAAAACUAACAGUAAUAGAUAAAAUGACCUGCGAAUACUUUUGCAUGAGUUUUUUUUUUACGAAUACCAAUAUAGUUGGGAAACUGCAACAGGAAAAUAAUUGUAAGAUUACUUUUCCUUAGAGAAUUUUGUUUUAAACAAAAUAAUAUCGUAGACUAUGCGACCAGGACGAUAAGUUCAGUGUAGUGAAUUCAUGCUAUGAUUGUAAUGUUUGAGGCUGAUUGUGAACUUUACUUAACAAAGGUGAAGAUACAAUCGUCACUGCGAUAGUAAAAUGGCUUAGCUCAUUUUUACUAGUUUUGAGAUAAAUGAAAAAACAAAACAAAAACAAAAAACAAAACAAAAACAAAAAACAAAGAAAAA